AGCAAAAGUCCGCAAGAGUCUCUGGCAGGGAGGCAGGAAGAAACGAGGGAGCAUAAGGAGGUGAAGAAGAGGAAAGUGACUGAGGCGAGGCAUACAAGCAAGACCCAGCCGGCCAAGAAUCUGCCAGAGUUGGCCAAACUGCGCCCACUGUCCUGUCCCAAGCAGGCCCUCCUGCAGGCCUUUACGGUGCUCAGCGACGAUGACUGGGGGAAGAAGAUCGAGGCCCUGAUCUCCAUCAGGUCUCUGGCUCAGCACCACGCCAACGUGCUGCUGCCCAGGCUGCAUGAUGUUUGUCUGGCCGUCAAUCAAGAGGUGAAGAACCUGCGCUCAGUGGUGUCCCAUGCUGCCAUGGUGACGCUGGCCCACCUGUUUGCUCACCUGGGGCAGGACAUGGAUGCGGAGGCCGAGGGCGCAGCCCGGACACUGCUGCCGAAGGCUGGAGAGUCCAGCAGCUUCAUGAAGGACAUGGAUCUGGCCCUGGGGUACAUGGUGUAUAACACCAACCCCAUCCGCAGCAUGAACGCUCUCAUCAACGGAGGGCUCAGUCACAAACAUACAGCCGUGAGGAAGAGCACUGCACGGCACCUGGAGAAAGUGACGGAGGUCAUAGGGGCAGCUCGUCUCCUGUCCGGCAAAAACGACCUGACUGCCCGCUUCAUCCAUACUGCCAGCUGCUUGGCCCUUGACAACACACUGGAAGUCAGGAAUCAGGCCCGUAACAUUCUGUCUGUAGUGGCCUCCCAUCCCGACCUCAUCAAGAUGGUGGAAAGGUUCGCCCCUCUGAGUGAUCAAAUCCGCAUGAAGGACUUUAUUAACAAAUGCCAGAAAAGACCUUUGCGUUGAAGUGGACAUCAGAGCCAGGGCGAGACCGCACCCACGGGGUCACAGACACACACACAACACCACCAUGUGUGACAAAACACACACACACACAGGGCAGUGCUGCAGAGAUACGCAAAUGCACAUCCGUUUCCCACAUAAAAUAAAGAAACAAAAAUGAAAAAA